CUCAGUCAAAAUUUUAUAGCCGACUCGCGAGCACGCGCUGUGCUGCUUCUUCCUGCGUUGCGCGCUUUGCUUUCAAUUCGCCUUUCGUCGUCGCGGGUGCGUGUGUGUUGGAGCGAGUGCGUCUAUGUGCAGUGCGUGUGCCGCUAUUUGUUAAUUGUUAAUAAUCCCGAUUUAAUAACACCCGACAACCAUGUUGCACUUCAAUUGCUUCUGAACGCAAAAUGCGCACUGAUAAACGCAAACGACAAAAAUAAGUUUCAUAAUAAUAAUAAUGCCGGCAAACAAAGCGGUGUAUUAGUGUGCGUAUUUCAGUGUGGGUGCCUGCGUUUGCCAAAAUUAUUUACCGCAAAAAGAACAAACACAGUCAAAACGAUUUGAAUCCCAAUCGAAACUAAACGACAACAAACGCCGGUGAAAUUAGCCCUGUCUCUCGCUCUCUCUUUCCCCUUAAAAUAAAGAAAGAGUUAUCAAAAUGCUACAUCAGCAGCAACAACAACAACAUCUGCAUUGCAGAAGAAAAGCUACAGCAACAACAACUGCCCGCCUUGUGAUAUUCAGCAGUCCUCUUCUACUAUUACUACUCACCACCCACUUGCCGCCCACCUUACAAGCGGACAAUGGCCCCGCCCCCCAAGUGGCCGCCCUUGCCGCCCCCAAUCCGGCGGGUGGCGUAGCAGGGUCUUCGAUCAUCGAUCAAUUCAGUCCGAAUUGCAGUGCUGUGACACACAUUUUCCAAGCGAGAGGAAUCGAUGCCAUCGAAAUUCCCCAAAAACCCAGUAACGAACGAGUCCUACGAUAUUGCGAGUCCCCUUCGGUGGGCACUUGUUGCACCUACAACAUGGAGACCCGCAUGGCGAUGCAAUCCCGCCAGCAGCUCGAAGGGCACACCAAGGACCAGAUCUCUCGUAUGUCUGGAAUCCUGGGCAGCAAGGCCACAAAAUUCAAAGAUAUUUUCACGGCCCUGCUCAAAGAGUCGCGAACGCAGUUCAAUAGUAUGUUCAUCCGAACAUACGGCGUCAUUUACGAGAGAAAUUCGUACGUCUUCUCGGAUCUGUUCAAGGAGUUGGAAACCUACUUCGCCAACGGUCGCGUGGACUUGCUGGAGGUCAUGGACAAGUUCUUCAAUACGCUAUACCAGAAGAUGUUCACCGUGCUGAACACCCAGUACACAUUUGAUGAAAACUACAUGCGAUGCGUCAGCGAGCACAUGAAGGAGCUGAAGCCUUUCGGAGAUGUUCCGGACAAGCUGUCCGUGCAAAUCAAGCGAUCCUUUGUGGCCACGCGCACCUAUGGCCAGGCUCUGACCACCGCUUCGGAGGUGGCGAAGAAGGUCCUCAAUGUGCGACUGAAUGCCGAUUGUACUGGGGCUCUUACCAAGAUGCAGCACUGUGGUGCUUGCAAGGGAUAUACGGAAAAGCCCUGUACCAACUACUGUGUGAACGUCAUCAAGGGAUGCCUGCACUAUCAGCACGAGUUCGACAGCGAAUGGGAGAACUUUGCGAUGGCCAUGGACAAGGUGGCGGAACGACUGCUGGGAUCCUUCAACAUUGUGAUGGUGGUGGAGCCACUCAACAUCAAGAUCUCCGAGGCCAUCAUGAACUUCCAGGAUUCUGGCCAGGACAUCACCAACCGCGUAUUCCAAGGAUGCGGUAGGCCAAAGUUGAAGAAAAUGAAACGGUCCAUCAGCCCCAAACUGCAAGGAGUUCAAAUCCUCAACGCAAGGAGUCCUGUGGAGGCCGAUACUCUGGACAUUGAUGAAACGUUGGACGAGGCGAUUGUGCUGAGAGAACGCAGAGCUGCUGAGCCCGGCUCACAGGAGACAUCGGCGCAACAGUCUCAAGAGCAAGGAGUUGGAAAGAGUGGAAAUGGAGGAGGAGGCGGUGGCGGUAACAACAGGCGGCAACAGCAACGUCGAAAGCAGCAGCAACAGCGACGCAAACAGCAAAACAAUCGCGACGACAACGAUGACGAUGACAAUGAGAGCGGAGGUGGACGUGAACCGAUUCUGGACAGGAUCGUGAGGGACAUUCGCCAGCGAGUGAAGGACUACAAAAAGUUCUGGUCCAAUCUGCCGCACUCGGUUUGUAGCAACGAGGAUAUAGCCUCCAGUUCCGAUGUGGACGGCAUGUGCUGGAAUGGUCACACAAUUGAUAGAUACAUGCACUCAAUCACCACAGAACACGGCUCGAAUCCGGAGUUUACAGGCAAUCCUGCCAGUACUAAGCAAACAGCUCAAAUGGCCUCUCAACUAAGUCAUCUGAAGAAUGCCAUUGUCCACCUUCGAAAUGCCUACAACGGCCAGGAUGUUGAGUGGAGCGAACAAGAAGAACUGCCAUAUGCGGGUAGUGGAGCUGGUUCUGGAUCCGGGUCCGAAGACGACGAGGACGAUGACGAGGGCUCUGGCCUGGGACCCUUCGAACCCAGCCAUAAGCCGGACGUGGAGCGUCCUUCGGUGGAUGCAGACAACGACGAUGACGAGGACGCCGGUGGACGGGGUCACAUGCCCACGCACACAUCUCGACCGACGAGCGGAGUGGACGACAAGAAUCCGCUCAUCCACACCACUCACUUCGACCAAGAUCACAACGAUCUGGAUGAGGAUCAUAGGCAGCUGGAUGAGGAUGAGGACACGGAUGCAGGCCAUGACGGGGCCAAUGACAAUCGAUCAUCCGAUGCCCCAGAAAAGAUGACGCUGCGUCGCGCUCUGGUUGUUUAUCUGCUGCCCCUUUAUAUGGCGUGGUUCGGUGGCGUCUGCGCCGAUUUGCUGUGAUUACUCAACGUGCGAAAUGCAGCCAAGAUGGAGCACGGCUGCAUCCCCUACACCUCUCAGUCAUUCAUCCGUGAAGCAAAAUGUUAUUAGCAGAACUACAUGCUACCCCUUAUAUACGAAAUGCGAGUCCAAAAUUUUAUAAAAACUUUUGAUAGUAGCAAUCAAAACGCAAUCAAGAAAAUAGGUAAUUUUUCGAAUUUUACUCUCGUCAGGAAUUUUUUCAAAUUUGAAUUGGAUGAAAUCUCACUCUAAAUCUAAAAUUUAAUUUUUGAAAACUACCAGAUAUUGUAAAAAUCAGAAAAUGCCUGAUCUAAAGCGGUUCUUUAAUGAGACCCGAUAGGAGAAAAAGAAAUUAGUGGAGGAGAGAGAAUACGUAACGAGCCCAUUUUAGUUUAGUAAGCCCCCAAACGCCCCUGUUCCCCCACACUCUAAGUCUAAGUGCGAAAUUGUAUUUUGUAAGCCAGAGAGUGAAUGAAUGUAGAAGUGAGUGCGUGUAUGUCGCGGAGUGAAUGCUUUUACCGAGUGUGAGUGCGAGCGGAGUGCCUGUUCAAUGUGAUCGUUUAGCAAAAAUUAACUAUAAACACUUUAGCCCCUAGAGACCUAAGCGAAAAACACACCUACACCUACAUAUUUAAUUUGUAUUAUAUUUAUGCAUACGCGCAUAUGUAAUGUAACCAGCAAAUUGCCACAGCACACAAUUUCAAUUAUCACCGAAAUGAAGAGCAAUAACUAAUUUGUAACUGUAGUCUACUGAUAAACCUAAAAACUGAAGUCUUAUUUACGUUAACAUGGCCAUAGAAAAGCGUCCGAGCCACGGCUUUUGUAAUUUUGUAUCUUUCGUAGACAGCCCUGACUUUUGCCAGCCAUCAAACGCAUUUCAAACUAAACUGUGUACACCUACAUAUUUAUAUUUAUUUUUGAUUUUUUAUCGGUUUUUAUAUAUUGUAUUAAAACAAAUGGAAAAAGAAAAAAUACAAAAACGUAACAAAAG